GUUCAGACCACACAGCAGCCUGGAGAGGAAUUAAGGGAGGAAACAAGGAGACAUGACUCUGCCAACGGUGCAACAACUUUUUCUUUUAUGUUUGUUCGGGUUUCUUGGACCUUGGAGCACAACAGAUGCCAGUCCUUUGGAUCAGUGGGAAGAUGGGAUAGUGUUAAGAAAGGUGCGAGGCGUCCAAAGUGAGGAUUUUAAUGAUGUUUCGUGGAGAGACCAGAAUGAGGAGCAAGUCCAGAAUGUUUUCAAAAGAUUCCUGUUUCAUUACUCUAAAGCACGCAACUCUGUUGGAGCUGUACAGCAUGAGCAGACUCACUCAGUUCAUCCUCUGAUGCGACUUCUCCCCAAGCUCUCCCAGAGGAGGAAUAAGAAGGUGCUACUACUGAAGAUUCGAGGGCUGCCGGAGGGGAUGCUGUAGAAGAAAGAUGUACAAGAACACAACAGGAAAUCAGAAUCAACAGAAGAGCAGCAGCCGGCACCCGACCGGCCCAGCGGCACACAGCAUCUCUGACAUGUCUCCCUACCCAGAAACAUGGUAUUUUGUGAACAGAAAAUAAAUUAUUGUACAGAUGAAAAAAGAUAUUGAAAUGCACUGCCAUGGCUGCUGUGUGUCUUCCUGCUUCCGAAUAUCAAUCAGUGUAUAGUCUGUGAACUGAUCCAGAGCACUUAUCUGGCACGUUGCGCUGUUACAUCAGACACGAGUGUCACAAAAUACAAACACAACAUACAAUUAUCUUUUAUGAAAGUUCUUUAUAAUCAACAGUGACACGGAUUCCAAAAAAAUGAGAAUAUGAGAAAAAAACAACAGGCACCAAUCACUGGAGCAAAAGAUUUAAAUGUACAUGUACAUUUUGUGACAUAAUUAUCAUUAAACGUGAUAAAAAAAAGUUUGUCGUUGAUGUUUCUGUAUAGACUCAGUCGGAUGUUCAGAGAUGUAAAGGACGCUGGGUGAUUCAACAACAGGGCCAAAGGUUAGAUUCUCUGCAGCCAAGUGUCCCGUCCAAGAGCCCCUAAACUGGACUGAGCCCUGUAUGAAAGCACAGAACAUGAUGCCUGUAUAUUGAUAGAGAUGCCGUUCCCUUUUCCCUGCUCAAAUCAUUGUCAGAUACAUCAAGGUCCUUUGAGUGUUUCUCAUGUGGCGCCAUCACAGCCUUUCUGGUUGGCAGUGACAUACGUUUUUUUUU